UGCGGCAGAGCCGCCGCCGAAGCAAAUGAGGAGGCGGCGCUGAGCGGAGCAGCUCGCUGGGCGGUCGGCAGCCGGAGGCAGUGGCGCGGGGAGCGAGCAAUGCUCCUCACUUAUGUGCUUGCGCUGCCCUUCCUUCUCCUCCCAGCUUUGAAGCUUUUGUUUUCCCCGGCCGCUGCGAUAGCAAGAAACUUCCCGGAGAGAUGGGAUCAGGCCGGGCUUGUGCCGCGCCGGGCUCCGCUGGGCACCGGCCACGCCGUGAGGUUAUUUGGAAGAGGAAUACUUUGCUGAACAGAGAAGCACAAGAUGACUUUUGAUUACUUCUCUUCAUGGGAGCCUAUCUGCACUGUCCCUGCAGAAUGCUACAGCUUCCUUCCCUCUUCAGUGUUCUUGGCUUGUGGAGUCAUAAACCUCAGUGAAACUUUGGGUGGAAACACUGACAGGAAUUUUAAGAACUUUGACGUUGAAUUUUGAUCUGUUAAAUGACCAGGACUAAGAUACUGCCUGUACAAGAUGAAAUGUCUUGAAGACCUUUGGUUGUGCUUUCGUUUCUCCUGAAGCAAUGGUUUUCUCAGCAAUGUUGACGCUGGCCCACUCUGGGACCUCAAAUGCUACUUUUAUCGUUUAUGAAAAUGCCUAUACGAACUUUACCACUCCCCAGGUGAUGCUUCGUAGUGGCACAACACAGCCUUUGAGAUAUAGUUCAGGUGCCGUGCUCACCACUGAGAGAAGUACUUAUCUGGUAAACGCUACGGCUGUCCUGCCAUCACAAGAAGUUUUCAGGAGCUUGAGUUUGCCACUCCAGAUCAUUCUUUCUGCUGCUAUGAUAUUUAUCCUGUUGGUUUCUUUCUUUGGUAACUUUGUGGUCUGCCUCAUGGUCUACCAGAAGGCAGCUAUGAGAUCUGCAAUUAACAUCCUCUUAGCGAGCCUGGCUUUUGCAGACAUGCUGCUGGCAGUGCUGAACAUGCCUUUUGCUUUGAUAACAAUCAUAACCACUCAGUGGAUUUUUGGGGAUAUAUUCUGCAGAGUCUCUGCCAUGUUCUUCUGGCUUUUUGUCAUAGAGGGGGUAGCCAUUCUUCUUAUUAUUAGCAUCGACCGAUUUCUUAUCAUAGUUCAGAGGCAAGAUAAACUGAACCCUUACCGUGCAAAGGUUCUCAUUGUGAUUUCCUGGGCGACGUCCUUUGUUGUUGCUUUUCCAUUGUCAGUAGGGAAUCCUAAUCUGCAGAUACCCUCGAGAGCACCUCAGUGUGUUUUUGGCUACUCUACAAGCCCAGGUUACCGAGCCUAUGUGAUAGUUAUCUUGCUCAUUUCCUUUUUUAUUCCAUUCCUGAUGAUGCUGUAUUCUUUUAUGGGCAUACUCAACACCGUCCGCCACAAUGCAGUUCGUAUCCACAGCCACCCUGAUAGCAUAUGCCUCAGCCAGGCCAGCAAACUUGGUCUCAUGAGCUUACAGAGACCUUUUCAGAUCAAUAUUGAUAUGAGCUUUAAAACUCGUGCCUUCACAACCAUCUUGAUUUUGUUCCUUGUCUUCAUAGUCUGUUGGGCACCCUUCACCACUUACAGCCUUAUUGCCACAUUCAACAGCCACUUCUACUACAAGCACAACUUUUUUGAGAUAAGCACUUGGCUCCUUUGGCUCUGCUACCUCAAGUCUGCACUGAACCCACUGAUUUACUACUGGAGGAUUAAGAAGUUUCACGAUGCGUGCUUGGACUUGAUGCCCAAAUACUUCAAGUUUUUGCCACAGCUACCUGGCCAUAGGAAGCGGCGCAUCCGACCCAGCGCCAUCUACGUGUGCGGGGAGCAUCGCUCGGUCGUGUGAAGCUGCACUUGUUUGAUGGUGAUCCUUGUGUGCUGGGAUGAUUUGUUUCAUAGGCUUCAGGUCGAGUUUUGUUUUGUUCCAUAUGGCAUCUUCAGCGUGGCCAUAUUUUAUAACUUGACUACAUUUUCCCGGUUCUUUGUGCAAUUUUGGGAGGCGAGACGGAGGGAAGGUGAUUCGGUUGUAAGUUGAGUUUACUACCAGAAUACAAUGUAAACAAAAUAACAAAUGUUACCUCUAGGAUUCCAUGGAAAUCCAUUCUUUUAAAUGAAAACUACAUUUGUAACGUUUUGUCAGGUUUAUGCUUACUAGGCCUGCGAUUGCAUCUAAUUGUAGGCACUUUUUAUGCUGCUAAGAUACGGUAUAUUUAGUUGGUGUAAUAUUCCUGAGAAAUAUUGCUGCUGUCUGCAAAUAUUAGAGCCAAAAUAAUCUCAUGAGAUUACUUAUUUAAUUAACAGUUUCUCAGUUUUCAUUGUGACACCAGAAAAUUUCUUUUCUUCUUUUAUUUUGAUACUUCCAUUCAUAUUUUGUGCACUUUACAAAAUUCACUAUGGAAUUUGUUCAUUGGAGUAUUUUGUUCUGUAUUGAAAGGGGUAUUCUUCUUAUUAUUAUUAUUUGUUCCUUUGGUGAAUUUCAAUGAAAGACACAUGUUAGCUCCAGGAGGGCAAUUUCUGUUGGUAUAGCUACAGAUACAGUCACAGAUUUGCUGGUUUUCUACCAAUUGAUCAAAAAUAACUGCACAGUUAUCAGCGGAGUUGGAAGGACAAAAUGGAGUAACAAAAGGGAGAAAAAAGCAAUGAAAAUACCAUGUCCCAAGGUCUGGGCUAACACAAGAUGUAGAAAAAUAGAGUUCAUGUGAAAAUUGUCACAGAGGAAAGGGCAGCUAUAGUUGUGACUUUAGGCUAUUACAAGCUGUCCAAACCUGCUGGGAUGCCUGAAGCCUAACUGAAAAUACAACUUUGGACCUACAAUUUGAACUGUGUUAGGGUAUAGUGCUGUCUCUACUUGAGCUUGUAUAAGGCUAGAUGUGCUUUGCACUGCUGAAAUCAUACUGUCAGACAUUGGUUGAGGUAGAAUUGCAAAUAAUAAACCAGCAAACAAAUGGCACAUGAGUCAUAGUUAAAGCUGGGAUUUAGUCUGCAUAGUGAUGACUUUGGAAAAAAUCCUCAACUUGUUUCUUUUCCAGUUUAAGUAUUAGACCAAAACCAUAAACUGGUAAUAAUUAAUAACAGCUGAGCUGCAGGGUUUGCUGGGGAUGUAAGUUCAAUUCCCCUUUUCCCUCUAAUAUUACUUGGCAUUGAUUUGUUUGGUUGAUUUUUGUUGCCCCUUUUCCUCUGUAGUUCCUGCUGCCUCAAGGGAUUACUCUGCUGUUCUCAUCUGUUAGGCAUCAUCUCCUCUCCCUGAAAUGCCAAACUACCUUUCUGAUUAAUGUUAGACUGUCUUGGUACCUGCCAGGAAAGCAGAAAGGCAAAGGUUUUCCUUGAUUGAUAGCAAUCCAGACUCAGAUAUUUUGGGGUUUUGUUUUUAAUCAGCUAAAUAAUUUUACUUCCCUCAUGUGAAAUGUUUAAGACAUAGGUUUGAGCUUUGAAGUGAGAUCCCUGCUUGCCCUGAGACUGGGUAAGAAUGCCCGCAGAACUGUGCAUCCUUGCAGUGGGCUUUUGUGGAGAUGCCUGUGAGCUACUCCAAGAUGAUUCAUGUACAAUAAACAGGACUAGUUUUGAGCUUCUUUGGUUUCCAUCUCUCAGUACCCCAAAGCACGUGGACCUCUGUUGGGUUUGUACCUGAGGAGCAAAUAACAGCAAUUUAAUCUCUUUUUUCUCCACGUAGGACAAGGCAUUUCUGUACACAUACCAGUGUGUGGAGGCUGACUAGAUAUUUACACCCCAGAUUUUAUUUAGGUCUUCAAUGAAAAACUAAUUUAACAGUUAUCUCUCUUCUUCUCAUCAACAACUACCAAUAAAAAUGUUGACUAUUGAAAUUUUACCAUAUAAAGGAACAAUUUUGAAUUAAGCUGCUAGCUGAGGUUGUAGGUUCAAUGUAAAGGUACCCAGGCAGUGGUGACAUUGAUGGCUGUGCUUUCCAUUCCUCAUCAACUUCACUGAUGAUGGUACAGACUUUUGUGAUCAAAAUGACAGACAAUAAAAGGAUUCUACUGUAAAACAGAAUGGUUUAGUGUGUCUUUGCAGUACAGCUUUUACUUCUCAAUUACAUUUACAUCGAUAGCAGAAGUUUAUGACCUGGUUAGUAUGGAUUUUCUGUUUCAGAGCUGUCAUGCCUGUUUAUCUCUGAAAGCAUCAAAAUUGUUCUUAGAGCUGCUGUAACAGAGUGAGUGCAUAUUAAGAUGGCAGGAACAGGUACUUUUGCUGUCUUCCAGAGCUAUAAUGUAAAAGGUUUGAAUGAAUGUUGUAAAACAUGGUAAUUCAAGAAGGAAAGAAGAUGAGUAAUACAGGAAAGUUAGUGAAAUUACUUCCUUGAAGGGGGAGGAAAAAACAUUUUGUGUGGAUUGCAUAAUCUGUGUCACCUACUGGCUGUGAAGUUGAUUCUGCAAACAUCACAGAAAGUUAAUUUAUCUUGUAGUGUUUGUUUACUCCGACUGUAACAGGCUUUCAGCACAGAGCUAGGUCUGCUCAUACUUGGAGGAAACAAACCUGAGUUGUGCUGCCCAAAUUCAGAGGUGACUUACAUGGUGGUACAGUAUUCACUUACCAGCUUUUAGAGGUGAUCAAAGCAUUCAGUGAAAAGAAAGAGUGUUCAACAAGAAACGAAGCGGCACAGAAAUAUCCCCCAGGGUAAAUGUGUGUUUACAGAACCAUUUGGGCUAUUAUGUCUAAUAUACUGUCUUUAGAGCAGUGCCUUGAUCAUUGCAGCUAAAGUCCUAGGACCAAGUUGAAGAUUGCUAAACUGCUCAGUCUUACUAUCUGUGAUCCUGCCAAGGUGAGCAUAACCUUGCUAAUGUUUGUAAUGGUAAAACACAUCUGUGUUGGAAAGAUUUGGGCUACUAGGGCAUUUUUGUGGGCUUGACCUUAACCAAGACCAAGGAUUUUAAAAACUGAAAUGGAUCCUUCUUGAUUCUACUGAGGAAUUACAAUUUUCUUCCUUUCCAGAAAUGACACUCUUUACUAAACUGUUAUUCCCUCAUGUUACAUUUUCAGAACCCUUUGUUAUGGAGAAUUGAAAUGAAUGUAUUUUGAAUUAUGUUGCAGUGUAAUUCAUUCUGUCAAGGCAUGCUGCUUACACAAGCCUCAUUUGUACCAACCUAUUGCUAAAAUGAUUCUUUUGUACUCAAGAGUUGUGUAUUUUUGACAUUUCUUGUUACUCAUGUAAAAAUAUUUAUG